UCAUAACAUCAUGAUGUGCUAAUAGUUGCCUCAAAGAGAAUUAUAAUAUAUAAGUUGCCUGCUGAUAUCCUGAUUGGUGAUUAAUAUUCAGUUUUAUAUACAAUUUUUUUAUUUAUAUACUUCAAGGUUAAAUUAAAUGCAUUUUCAUGCUUAUCCUCAAUACAUUGUCGAUUCUUAUACAAGUCGCGUUCAUAGUUUUUCUGUCAUUGUUGUCCAUGAAUAUAAUUCGCUACUUUACUACUAGUGUUAGAACUAUGGCAGUAGUUGCUCCUGCGCUGUUUGUAAACCACGGCGGUGGUCCCAUGCCUUUAUUGGGUGACGAGGAACACGCGGACCUCACGAAGUUCUUACGAGACGAGGUAAAGAAACAUGUCAAUUUUAACAAAGUGAAGGCCAUAAUUCUCGUGACUGCACAUUGGGAGUCUGACAUCGUAGCGAUAUCCUCAGGUAAACAUCACGAUCUGUACUUCGAUUAUUACGGAUUUCCGCCUGAGUCAUACAAAUACAAGUACAACGCGCCCGGAGAUCCUGCUUUGGCAGAACGCAUUCACACGUCACUCAAAGAUGCUGGAAUUAAAUCCAGGAUGGACCCGGAAAGGGGUUGGGAUCACGGAGUGUUCGUGCCCAUGCUCCUUAUAAACCCUUCAGCAGAUAUACCAAUUAUCCAAAUAUCUGUACUUAAGAACCAAGAUGCUGAACAGCAUUAUAAGGUGGGACAAGUCCUACACCAGUUUCGAAAGGAAGGCAUUGCCAUCCUGGGCUCUGGGAUGUCGUAUCAUAAUAUGCGAGGGUUUAUGUACAGUCGACAUGAACAUAGAGUUAUUAAUAAAGAAUUUGAUGAGUUUUUGAACAAAGUGUGUACUGCUGAAGAUGAAAGUGUGAGGAGAGAAGGAUUGUUGUCAUGGCGACAGCAGCCGGGCGCCACGGAAGCCCAUCCAAUGGGAGGCGCAGAACACUUCAUGCCACUUGUAGUGAUAGCUGGUGCUGGGGGCCCAAAACCUGGAGAGAGAAUAUUCAAAUGGGAUAUGGGAGAUACAUUCAGACUUAGCUCAUUUAUUUGGAGAGAAAUUUGAUGCAAUUAAUAAUAUAAUGCAAGUCAUUCAUCAUGCUAUAAUAAGAGAAAAGUCAAUAACAAUUCAAUGACAUUGACACUUAUUAUUAUGAAAAUUUACACAAUGAUGUUGACUAUCACUCUGAUUUAUCACUUCACUGCAUAUUUUUUAUUAACUCUUAAAGAGGACAUUCUUGUAUAAAAUUAUGCUUUAUACUGGUUUCUGAGAUCCAAAUUAAGAUAUAUUUUUACUGCUUAAGUUUGAACAUCACAUAAGAAAAAUACAUUUCGUACCUUCAAUAAGUAAUCAAAAAUCUACUUUUGGCUCUUUUGGCCAAAAAAUACAAAAAUUUGAACUGAUAGUAAACCAAUUUAUUCCAAUUUGAAUGAACUUAUAUAGCUGUCAAUUAUAAAAUAAAAUAAAUUAUUUAGUGUGCCGAAAAGUUGCCAAUUUUGACUGCUACAGUAAAACUUAAAAUACUUAAGUUAUAAAAAUAAACCAUUUGUUUAAUUGCUGCUUAAUGUUUGUUAACAGUAGCAAACAAUUUUGAAUGACACUGCUUAUUAUAAGUCUGCAAUUACCAUGUAUGUGUUAGGCAUGUUAAGCUGUUAGUCCUGCCCCUGAUCUCUCUGGUCAAUGACGAAUUGCUGUCUCACUGAACUAUGAGAGUGAAGGAACAGAGAGUGCACUUGUGUAUUGCACACACACCUGUGCACUAUAAUAUCUCCUGGGUACCUAGCUGAGCUCUGUUGUUCUUGGCCACUGUAGGGGAAAUUUGGCUGGGAGGAUUUAUAUCUGAAAUUUCCAGUAUUUGCACUGGUUACAGUGUUUUAUACUAACACAAAAUGCUUGCACACAGCUGUUUAGCAGCAAAAAUAAUUAAAGUUUUACAGGUGAUAUAGGAAAACCUAUGGUGUAGAUACAAAUAGAAAUAAUCUAUUUUGAGCAUUUAUGAAAUAAACAUAGAAAAAUGCUAUACAAUUUUCUCUUAAGUUAGAGAGCACAACAAAAUAUUUAACUUUAUGUUACAUGUUAUCAUUUAAUAAGAAUAAAUUAUUUUGUAAUUCAUUGUACCAUCUUAGUAUAUUUAUGGCAGUGGAGGAUAAGAACGUAAUUUUAUUACUAUAUGUAAUAAAUGAAUUAAUUAACAAAUGAGGCUAAAAUAAUACAAUUUUGUUCAAUUUUGAUUGUUUUUAAAUCUUGGUUGAAAUUAUAUUCGCCAUGCCAUGAUUGGGCGCAUAUUUUCCAUAUUGCAAAUCGCGCUAAAUUCAUUUGUUAUGUGCCAAUUACAUUCAAAUGCAAAAUAACAACAUGUUUUAAUCGUUAACAAUCUACUUUAUGAAGGCUACUUGCUUUACCGCCAUUUUUAAUAAACAAUCCCAAUCGCUUUUUUCAAUUGAUCUCAAAAAUAGACCAAUCAGAACAGCUUAUUUUGACAUGAUGAGUUAUUUUGGUUGCUUCAUUCUCGGAAUCGGGUUAAAGAUUCAGAUUGGGAUCAUUUAUUAAAAACGGCUGUUAAUCAUAUAUUCACAUCUAUGUUAUGUAAAACGGCUGAUUGGCCUCAAUAUAUUCUCAAAAGAAUUAUUAAAGUUCAUUAUUGUUAUAAUUGAUAUACGUUUAUUUCGUAAUUAUAGUAAACUCAAAUUGUGUAAAAGAAUAAUUUAAGUAUUUAUUUUAUGUUGCGGGGACCACUGGUGUUUAGGUACAAGGUUAAUUAUUUGUAAGCUAUACAAUAUAUUUUGUUACUUGCAA